AUGGCGAGAUGCGGCGCGGGAGGGCAAUGGCCGCCGACGUGGAUUUCUUUGUGUUUGCCGCUGCUGACUGUUCUCCGUCCGCAGGGAAUCUCCGCUCAAAUAAGAUAUUCCGUCCAGGAGGAAGCGGAGGCGGGAACAGCGGUCGGAAACGUGGCCAAGGACCUCGGGCUGGAUGUCGGCAGGCUGCCGGGCAGAAAUCUCCGCGUGCUGUCGGGAACAAAGCGGGAGCCGUUCGAGGUAAAUCAGAGCAAUGGCGUCCUCGCCGUGGGUCAGAGAUUAGACCGGGAGGACCUUUGCGGCAACGCCGUGCCGUGCGUCAUUAAUCUCAAAGUGGUGGUGGAAAACCCGCUGGAGAUGCACCGAGUCCUCGUCGAGGUACUGGAUGUCAACGACAACUGGCCCAGAUUCCUGGACGACAAGUGCGCUUUAGAGGUGCUGGAGUCGGCUGUCGUUGGAUCCAAACUGCAAGUGGAGGGAGCCCAAGACUUGGACGUCGGCCUGAAUUCCGUUCAGACGUACCGACUGAGCCAGAAUCCCUUUUUUCACCUGGAAACUGAGGACUUUGGAGAGGACGGCGGGAAGGCGCCUUUCCUGGUCUUACAGCGGCCGCUGGACAGAGAGAAAACAGCCCGGCACCGCCUGCUGUUAACAGCCGCAGAUGGGGGCAAACCACCCAAAACAGGUACGAUGAACAUCACGGUUAUCGUAUCUGACGUAAAUGAUAACGCGCCAGCGUGCGAGCGGCAGAAAUACUCCAUUACGGUCGAGGAGAACGCGGCGGUGGCUACGUACCUGCUGACAGUCAAGGCCUCCGACUCAGACGAGGGACUUAACGGUGAGGUUGAAUAUUCUCUACGGAGCAAACUCCGAGGACUGCACAGCCUGCCCUUUGAUUUGGAUCAAAAAAGCGGCGAGCUGACACUCAAAGAGGUUUUGGACUUCGAAGCCAGGCAAGUCUACGAGAUGAAGGUUUUGGCCGCGGACAAAGGCGCCGUGUCGCUGUCGGUGCAGUGCACCGUGGUGGUCCGCGUCCAGGACGUGAACGACAACCCUCCCAAAAUCGACGUCACAUCCUUGGCGAGUCGCAUCGCGGAGGACGCCCCCCUCGGCACCGUCGUGGCGCUGGUGGCCGUUCAGGAUUUGGACUCGGGUGUCAACGGCCAGGUGGUCUGCGGCCUGCGGCCGGAGGGCUUGCCCUUUGCCCUCGAGCCCGCCCCGGACGGACAAUCGUACUCGCUUGUCACAAAAGAAUAUUUAGACAAAGAGAGGGAGCAUGUGUAUGAUGUCACAAUAACUGCAAAAGAUUUGGGGGUGCCGCCGAUGUCCGCAACGAAGGUGAUAAACGUCGAUGUUCUGGACGUUAACGAUAACAGGCCGCUCUUCACCGAAAGCCCGUACACCUUUUAUGUGCCGGAAAACAACAAAGCGGGAGUGUCUUUGUUUUCUGUGAGCGCCGCGGACGCCGACGCGGGCGAGAAUGCAGCAGUGACGUAUUCCUUCCAACGCAAAAGUGAGAGUGUGACAUCUUUUUUGAACAUAAAUGAGGUCACUGGUGACGUAUCGGCGCUGAAAAGUUUGGACUUCGAGGCGCUGAAAAGCUUCCAGUUCCAGGUGUCGGCCACGGACGGCGGAAGUCCUCCGCUGAGCGGCAACGUGACGGUCAAGGUGUUCAUUCUGGAUCAGAACGACAACGCUCCGGUCAUCGUGUAUCCGCUCAGCUCCAACGGUUCCGCCCAAGGCGCGGAGGAGAUUCCCCGCAAUAGCAAAGCGGGAGACUUGGUGACCCGAGUCCGAGCCUACGACGCCGAUACGGGAUAUAACGGCUGGUUACUGUUUUCGCUGCACCCGCCUGGCGAGCGCGCUCUCUUUUCUUUGGACCGCUACACGGGCCAGAUCAGAACCCUUCGCUCCUUCACGGAGACGGACGAGGCCGAGCAUCGACUGCUGGUUCUGGUCAAAGACAACGGCGACGUUUCGCUGUCGGCGACGGCUACCGUCACCGUCAAACUGGCGGAGCCCAAAGAGGCUUUCGCCGCUUCCGACCACGUCCAAAGUGCGGCCGAAGCGGACCGCAGCGAGGACCGGCUGACUUUUUAUCUGGCGCUGACUUUGGGCUCGGUCUCGCUGCUUUUGGUCAUCAGCGUGGUGGUGCUGAUCGCCAUGCGCUGCUCCAAAUCCACAGAGUACACUUCCAAAUAUCUCCAAGACCCCCAUUAUGACGGCACGCUGUGUCACAGCAUCCAGUACCGAUCCGGAGACAAACGCUACAUGCUGGUCGGACCCAGGAUGAGUAUCGGUUCCGCCGUCGUGCCGGGCAGCCGCGCUAACACCCUUUUGAUGUCCGACGCCGCAGGGGAGGUAAGACAAAACCUUUUGUUUUUUUUACUGCGUUGA